GAAACAAAAAAAUUAUUUUUUAACGCUCAUGCAUUUUAGUUGUCCGUUAAAACCUGUCGUUUACUAUUUUGCAAGAUAAUCGCUAGUGCAUGUCAACUUGACAUUGCGUUGCACUUAGCUCAGUCAAAUCAAUAAAUGGGAACUAAUCUGUAUAGUAAAUCUUUGUUUUUUAGCUAAUUCAGGGCGCAUUAAAGUCACUUCAAAGUCAACUCUAGAAAUCAUCGAGUCGUGGUUCUAGAAACAAAGAUGUUCCCCUCCGUCCAGCAUCGUCCCGUGUGCAGUAUAGGGGCCAGAGCGGUGCGUCUGCAAAACUUUAGCACUUUUAAACAAAGUGGUGCGAUAGAUAGCAAAUCGUGGAGUUUGUCGUGGCUGGGUGAGCGCGUGGGCCUGCUGCUGUCAUGGCUCCAAAAAACAGGAAGGGGAACAAACAAGCUAGCCUCCGACAAAAAGAAAGAGAGACUGUUGUCUAUAUUCGCCAACCACUGUAGUUUUGUGACAGGCCAAAGGCUGAGAAGGGCCUUUCAGAUCGGAGAGCUGUACUCAAACCUGUACUCUGAGAGGAGCAGGUGGACACUCGUGGGACACAUAUGGAGACGCCUGCAGAGCAAACACGCCCCCGCCGGAAAACUGAUAGCAGCAUUGGCUGGGGUCUUCAUGUGGGAAGACCAGAGGAUUGGAGAUGAUGAGCUGAGAAGGUGUGCGUGGGAGCUGCAGGCACUGGAGUCGGCGAGAAGCCAGAAUGUGACCCCAAAGACCACUGUGCAUGUGGAUCCAGACUGGGAGGUGGUCAUGGAGAAGAAAAACUUCAGGGUUUGGAGGAGACCCAUCCAGGAUAGCCAUCUUUUUGAAUACAGAGUGUUUGGUUCAUAUACAGACGUCUCCCCCCGGCAAUUCUUCAAUGUUCAGUUGGACACAGAGUACAGAAAGAAGUGGGACGCACUGGUUAUUAAAUUGGACGUGGUGGACAGGGACGUCAACACCGGCACCGAGGUCAUUCAUUGGGCAACACAUUUUCCAUAUCCCAUGUACUCCAGAGACUACGUCUAUGUGCGCCGGUAUCAUGUUGACAUGGAGAACAACUUAAUGAUCUUAAUCUCCAGAGCCGUCAGACACCCCAGUAUUCCAGAGACCCAGGAGUUCGUCCGAGUUCACUCUUAUCAGUCCAAGAUGGUCAUCCGGCCACACCGGUCAUUUGACGAGAAUGGCUUUGAUUACCUGCUGACUUACAGCGAUGAUCCCCAGACGGUCUUCCCUCGCUAUUGCGUCAGCUGGAUGGUGUCUAGUGGCAUGCCAGACUUCCUGGAGAAGCUUCACACCGCCGCCCUCAAAGCUAAAAACAUGGACGUCGGUGUCCAGGACUACGUCAGCAUCAUAAAAUCCACCCAACCCACCCAAGAACGACUAGCUGACAACGCUCACACCGGAGGACCGAGUCAGAUCUACGCCUGAGCGUCUGGCCACAGCGAUUGAUACACUGUGGUAAAAUGACCCAGAACAGAGCAUUUUUUGCUUAUGCGAUCAUUCAUUGAAGCCAUAAAGAAAUCCAUUUCUUAAAUUCAUCUAUGCCAUUGAUCAGUCCUGCACUAGCUGUCAUACUAAGUGUUCACGUCUCAUUUUGUAUGCUGUUAGUUUGCUUCCUCUUUCUGUAGGGUACUGAGAUGAGCCAAAAUAAUGGCAUGUAUUAAUUGUAGAUUCUCCUGCCAAAGCAGCUUUUCACUCCGCAUUUACAGCACGAUCAUCAGAAUCCAUCAUGCUGUUGAGAUGCUGAAAAACAACAGACCAUGUACUCGCCUAACAAGGUUCAACUACAGGAAAGCCACUUUUUUCCAGUUUAUACUGUGAUGAACUAACUGCUCUCAGCAGAACCAGAUCAACUCACCUUCGUCCUCAUUUAGCGUGUGAAUGUUCACUGCCAGUAAAACCCAAACAGCCUUCACAGGAUCACCAAAACUGUGUCUUAUGCCGACCGCAGCAUCCUCACGAUCAGGCUCGGCUUCCUCCUGUGCUCUAGAGGGCUGUUUGAAGUCGAAAACAUCUUUUCUACUCUGAACUCCAGCAAAUAAGGACACUGGGAUUUGAUGUUGUAACGAAAGUGGAAGGACAGUGCACAAGUCGACAUGCAAAUGCACUGCAGGAUGGAUUUUGUGCUAGGAAUUAGGGGGUGUAUUAAUUAUUAUUAUUAGUAUUUGUUUUUUGUGAAUGGGAAUCCACUGUGAUGGGAUUGUGUGUGUCAUACAUGUUUAAUGUAAUACAAAUUGAUUGGUUCAGUCACGCUUGGCUUAUUGAUGCAGAUUACACUGAAUGGACAACUCUUGUCCUGUUUGGUCUCCA